AAUACAUAUAAACAAAAACAAUCAUUUCUCUCUCUCUCUCUAAACAAAUCCUUCUCUCGUAUGUGCAAGAAGCAAAUGUGAACACUGCAAAGUUCUUUCAUAGGUUUCAAUAAGCAUUGAGCUAUUACUCCGGUGUCUGACAAGCAUUGAGCUAUUACUCCGGUGUUUGAGACUGUUGACUACGGUGAUGGUUGGGAGCUCCCCCGAGCGCACAGAUUCAAGAUCGUUCAACAAUUAUCCUUCACACUUACCCUCAAACAGUCAGCACCACCCAGUGUUAGUGGUUUGUCGGAGAUGAAGGUUGUGGUGCUUUUGGAGAUGGUGGUGUUGGUUGCUCAAGGUUAAAGGAAUGAAGGUGGUGGCCACACGAUGGUGGUGGGAUAAAGAGAGCGAUGAGAUAUGGUGGUGUUGAUUAUUAAAUCAUUGAUUUCUUAACAAAAAAGCAAGAAAAGAAUUUAGGGGCUCAGGUUGAUAUUUCACUCAUACCAUAGGGACGCAAAGUGUUAUUAAUAUAUGCCAAAAGACGGUCUUACCCCUGGCUCAAACAGUCAAACUGACGGCACACUGACGAAGGGACUCAAAGUGUUAUGAAUUCAUAAGCUCAGGGGCUCAAAAAACCAAAAAAUGAAUUUAGGGGCUUAGGUUGAUGUUUCACACAAACCACAGGGACGCAAAUUGCAUUUUUCUCUAAAUUGUAUUCAGCAACCAUUGAAUUAAAUAGGCUAUUCGGCCAAUGAUCUCUAGAUCAAGUAUUGGAGGGCCUGGAUUUCUCUUGAGAGCUGCAGGUUCAACUCUCACUUGGUGCAGAGUGAGACACUGGUUGACAAUGAUGGGAGACCCAGGGAAACCUGUGUUGAAUCCUUGAGCCAAACGAGUUUUACUGAUAAUUUCACUGUCGUGUGUGCCUACGGGCGGGUGGGUUACUGGGUUUUCCCUGAAAUCGGUGAUCGACUCAGGUUAAUCUUGGAUUACUCUGUUUGUACAGUUGGUGCUCCGAAAAUGCUCAGGAUUGAUUAUGUUAAAGACGUUAAAAAAAUUAGGAUAUUAAAUGGAAAAAACGGUUAUUUGAGGUAGUUCGAUCUGUACGCAUGAUUCAAAAGUAGGGGGCCCACUUUUCUGUAACGGGAAAACAGAAUGAUUGAACGUGGAGUCAUGGCGAUGAUGGUGAUGUUGAUGGGAGAGAAAAUCCUCUUCUUCUUCCCCCUUCAAUUCCCCAUAUCCACAUUAGGGUUUUACUGUUCUUCUAUAAACACAAACAUUUCAUCGCAAAACAAAAUCAAUCCUUGUAUACAAGCCACUCAACCGCUUGCUUCAAUCCUCAACAAACCCUAAUCUCUGGGCAACAAAAAGAUUGCACAACACAACUUUAUCGUUUGCUUCACCCACCAAUUUCCUUUAAAUCUUUAUUUAUAAAGAUAAAGGAAAGGGUGCAGAAAGAGUUUGCUAGGAUUGUCCGGUAUCGAAUUUUGAAUUGUUUAAUUUUUUUAUAGAAGAAUAUUGUUGUGUAAAACUGAGGUUGAAUGGGGGAUCAAUGUGUGUUGCUGGUUGAUUGUUUGGACACUGAAUCAUCUCAUGAGGCUGCUAUUGAGAGUAUAAGUAUAUCGGGUUCUGCAGAAGAAGUGGUUACUGAUGUUUGUGCUGAUAGGAUGGAUGUUAGUUUCGAGUCGGUACCAAAGAAAUUUGCAGAAUGCAGGAUCUGCCAUGAGGAAGAUGAAGACUCGAACAUGGAGACACCGUGUGCUUGUUGUGGCAGCUUGAAGUAUGCCCAUCGCAAAUGUGUUCAAAGGUGGUGCAACGAGAAGGGAAACACCAUAUGUGAAAUUUGCCUCCAGCCAUUCAAGCCCGGAUAUACAUCACCACCUCCGUUAUUCCAUUGUGAUGGUAUUCCAAUGAAUUUCAGGGGUAAUUGGGAGAUUUCCAGCCGGGAUCUAUACAGUUUGCGGGUUUCAUCAAUGGGUUAUGCUGGUGAUUAUGAACCCGACUUUGAUGAGUAUAUCACUCUUAGCUCCAAAAGUUUGAUUUGUUGCCGUGUAGUUGCUAUAAUUUUUAUGACUCUUCUCGUAUUGCGCCACACUCUACCGAUCAUCAUCAAUGGAACACGAGGAUACACUGUUACCACGUUCACGUUUAUCAUGUUAAGAAGCGUUGGUGUGCUGCUGUCAUUGUAUAUCAUGGUUAGAGCUUUUGCUUCGGUUCGACGUCGCCAACAAGUCCAGGAUCAUGAUCUGUCAGACGAAGAGAACAAUCUCCCAGAAGCAGAUACUCAUUUGCACAUUGUUCAUAUCCAUUGACUUCUUCAUAUAUGAUGACGGAUCAUAGAGCAUUGUAAAGUUAAUUUUACGUUCUUUUAAGUGUUAAUUAUGAAUCUUUUAGGAUGAUGUUUGACGGAUCAUGGAGCAUGUAAACGAGCAUAGAGCAUUGAAGCUCCAGGAUCAUCAAUAGAUUAUUAUAUUACGUUUGUUUCGUUAUUUUAUAAGCAAUUCAUUUACAAAAAAAUGUUAUGUU